GGAAAAGGGCCUCGCACGCACACACGUUAAUGCACUCCAUUAUUUUAUAUACUUCCUCUCGUCCGAAAAAGAAGAGUCAAACGCCCUCGUUCGUUUUCUUAAUUAUUCCCCUAUUCUAGGGUUCGCGAGAUUCCACGGCUCGCGAAACUCUAGUUCUCUGACCCUUAAGAGGAGGGUGUGGAACCCUAGCUCGUCAAGGAAUCGGGUGAGCUUCCUCGGUUUGCCUCUUCUUUUUCAGUUUCAGGGCUUUGGCAAGAUUCGAUCUUGGGGGUUGUUCCGGGGCGGAUUUGGGAUCUGAAUGUCGGAGUCCGGUUUUUGGUUCUGGGUUUGGAGGAAAUGGAGUCGUCUCUUUAUGCAAAGCUAGGGUUUUUGUGGGUUGGGUUGGUGGAUUGUUUGUUCUCGUGGUUUCUUUGUUUGGAAGUAUUCUUGUAGAGGCAGGUUUUAGUGGGUAGGAAUUGUUCUAGCACUGGAAAGUGUUUUAGUUUGAACUGCGCUUUGAAUGAUUGACUGGGAUUCUUCUUUCGUUCUGCUAGAAAGAUGGCGAGAUCGUGAGCUUGAGCCUGUUUGCUUGCUGUUAUGCUCUGUUUAUCAAUUUUUGAUGCUCUGGAACUUAAGUUUCUGGUAGAAUGAUCUUUUUACUAAACACCGUUGCCAUAUGUUGCUAGUCAAUUUAUGUUACUUAAUUGAUCUGUUGUAAUAAUGCAGUGAUUUGUGAAAAGCUUGCAUUUCUUUUUUUUUUUUGGGGAUCAAGGGGAUAGUUUUAGAAGGGGCUGCAACUAUUCUGUCGGGGAUCCAACUGGGCAGUCAGACGUGUUGCUAGUUUGGUGAACUUGCAGUUGAUCGGUGAUGGCUAGAUACUUUUGCAAUAUAGUUUGUUGCUCCACGUCUUCCGUUAUCUUUUGGUGGGAAAGACAUUAGUUCAAAUUGUGAUAUGGUGAUUGGGUUGGCCAUUGCACAAGCGACCCUAGAGAGGUGGCAUUUGUUGGGGUGAUUUGAGCUGCCUCGCAGGGCUGUUCAUAGGGGUUCCGGCAUUGGAAUAUUCAUUAUUUAAUUGAAGUAACUUGUGAGCGUCAUCUAUAUAUUCUCCAUUGGCAUUGACUCAACUCAUGCACCUGCCUGGACAGUCACUGAAGACCUCGAUUGUUACUAAGAGUGUACAAGACCAACUCCUGCUCUGUUAUCUUAUACCAAGGCUUGAUUCCAAUGAUUCAUGGUCAGAUAUAACUCUGUUUUAUGGUGGACUGUAAUAUAUACUGUCCAGAUCAGCUCUGAUAUUGGAAGCAGUAUGCCAGUAAUCGUGGGAAGAGAUGCAAAGAUAUUCUGCUGCCAGUUGUGGUGGUGGAGUUAAUAACAGUGCCAUUAGUGGAGCAUCUUCUAGGGAAAAUGCUAGGGCUGAGUCAACCUUGUCCACUUCGAACUUUACCUUGAAUACAAGGCGACAACCACAACUAUCCUCUUAUAAGCUAAAGUGUGAUAAAGAACCACUCAAUUGCCGACUUGGGCCACCAGACUUCUAUCCCCAAACCCAUAACUGUCCUGAAGAGACAUUAACAAGAGAAUAUCUACAAUUUGGAUAUAAAGAGACUGUUGAAGGAAUCGAGGGCAAUAAUCAACUAAAUAUCACAAUAUGCCAGGAAGACUAUAUGCCAACUAUUACAACCUGCUGGUGGGGUUGCAUGCCAACUAUUACAACCUGCUGGUGGAGCCGUAUGCUAACUAUUACAACUUGUUGCCAGGGCCAAAUGCCAACUAUUAUAACCUUGGAAGCUAGAGAGAUUGCAUUGGCUCAGAUUCCAAAUUUUUUAAAACCUGAGUUGAUCGUAAAAUACAAAGAGGCAAUACGAAAACGGCUCAGAGCUAUCAAUGAAUCUCGUGCACAAAAGAGAAAGGCUGGCCAGGUUUAUGGAGUGCCUCUUUCUGGAUCUCUAUUGAAACCUGGUGUUUUCCCGGAGCAAAGGUCUUGUAGCGAAGACUUCCGCAGGAAAUGGAUUGAGGCUCUAUCACAACAUCAUAAACGAUUGCGUUCCUUGGCUGAACAUGUUCCUCAUGGUUACAGACGUAAAUCUCUCUUUGAAGUCCUUAUUCACCAUAGUGUGCCAUUUUUAAGAGCAACGUGGUUUAUCAAAGUUACUUAUCUUAAUCAGGUUCGGCCUACCUCCACGAAUGUUUCUUCUGCAGCUCCAGAUAAGACACCAUUAUCUUGCACUGAUUUAUGGACCAAGGAUGUUAUUGGAUACUUGCAACAGCUCUUGAAUGAUUUUUUCUCUAAAGAUGGCGGUUCUUUUUCAUCUUUACCUGGUAGGGAUCAAUCAUCACAGGGUCUUAUUGCUGGACCUGGACCAGCACAAUGCAAAAGUGACUCUGUCCCAGCUACUCCUGAUAAUGAGGAACCUUCCCUGCACUUUAAAUGGUGGUAUACGGUGCAGCUUCUUCGAUGGCAUUGUUCAGAAGGAUUGCUGCUUCCUUCUCUUAUCAUUGAGUGGGUCCUUGAUCAACUUCAGGAGAAGGAUUCACCUGAAGCUUUAGAGUUGCUUUUGCCUGUCGUGUUUGAUUUAAUAGAGAGCAUUGUGAUGUCACAAACCUAUGUGCGGAUGCUUGUGGACAUAGCUGUCCGGGCCAUCAAUGGUCUUUCUUCCAGUGACUUGAGUUCGGUAGAUAAUUUAAAAAAGCAAUCGCUUAAUUCUGCACUGGUUCGUAUCCUGCAGUACAUGAUUCUUUCUGUGCCUGAUACUUUUGUUGCUUUGGAUUGCUUCCCUCUACCAUCCUGUGUGGUACCUGAUUUAAAUUGUGGAAAUUCUGCACCAAAAGUACCUGAGGGUGUAGAGAGUGUUCGCUUUGACAUGCAAGAUACUUAUCUUCAGUAUUUGUCCUGUGGCUAUACUGUUUCAUCUAUUCAGAAACGCGCAUCUAAGCUUGCCAAAAUCGUAAACCCUAGUUUUCAAGGUCAUGGUGCAGCUAAAGUUGUGAAAGCUUUGGAUAGAGCUUUGAUGACAGGCGAUCUGAAGUUUACUUAUAACUCUCUCUUUGAAGAUUUGUCUGAUAUGGCUAUUGAAGAACAAUGGGUUGCUGAAGUCAGUCCAUGUUUACGGUCUUCUUUGAAGUGGAUUGGAACUGUUGGUUUGCCUCUUAUUUGCUCUGUAUUUUUUCUAUGUGAAUGGGCGACAUGUGAUUAUAGAGAUUGCCGUACUGUCUUCCCACAGAGUCACAAAUUUACAGGCGGAAAAGAUUUUUCACAAGUGUAUAUUGCACUCUUGCUUUUGAAGCUUAAACUUGAAGACAUGCGUAUCUCAUCCCAGUCUAAGAGUGGCAGUACAUUGUUAUCUAGUAGCAGUGGAAAAGCAACUUCUGUUCAUGACACUUCAUUAGGUGGAACAUUGGUGGAAAACGUUUCGGCUGUAAAUAAUAUGAUGUUCUCUGGCAGCAGAAAGCAUAAAAUUGAUAUCUUUCAAAGUCCUGGUCCAUUGCAUGACAUUAUUGUGUGUUGGCUAGAUCAGCAUGAAGUUGGGAAUGCUGGAGGUUUCAAACAUGUUGAAGUUUUCAUUAUGGAACUCAUUCGUAAUGGCAUCUUCUAUCCUCCAGCUUAUGUAAGGCAGCUAAUUGUUAGUGGAAUCAUGGAUAGGAAUGUGACUGCUGUGGAUUUGGAAAGACGAAGAAGACAUCAAAAAAUUCUGAAGCAGCUGCCAGGGUCCUGUUUGGUUGAUGUUCUAGCAGAAGCAAAAAUUGUGGAAGCUCCACUGUUAUAUGAGAUUGUGUGUGUUUACUCAAAUGAGCGUCAACUUAUGCUCCGUGGACUUCUGAGUGAUGAAUUCAAUGACAUGGGCACCAAAGGUGACAGUUAUCAGAGGUUUGCUCUACAAAAAAAUAAGGAUCAUUCUGCUUCUGUAAGAGAAGGUAAGCAUGUCAAAACAAAAGAUGAAGCUGCUGAGCUGAAGAUUUUGAUUUCAACUCUUUUGCAGUUUCCUUAUUCAAUGCAAGUUGAAACACACCCUGAAGAAUCUCAGAGGAUCUUCAAGAGACGUUUAGGUUUGUUUGACAUAAAAGUUCAUUUGACAGAAGUGAUAUCUGGCUGCAAGGAAUGUAGGCAUGCAAAGAGGCAAAAGUUAGGUAUUGAAAGGAGCUCUUCUUGUCAAGGAUUUUCUUCUAACCAGUCAGAUGAUGAAGAUACUUGGUGGGUGAGGCAGGGAAUUAAAUCCCGGGAGUCAUUCAAGGUGGAGAUGCCUCUUAAAUCAACUAAACUUCCCUCAAGGGGUAGGCAAAAAACUGUGCGUAAAACACAAAGUCUAGCACAGCUGGCAGCUGCUAGGAUUGAAAACAGCCAAGGGGCAUCUACUAGUCAUGCAUGUGAUAAUAAAGAGAGCCGUACUCACCACAAAUCUGUCAGUGAAGGUGAAGUUCCUAAAGAUGUUGACUGGAUGAAAACAACACAUCUCAGCAAUAUUAGGAAGGCCAUAAAGCGGCUUAGGUGGCUUGAGAGGAGAUCCAUAUCGAUUUGGUUGUUAAAAACAAUCAGGCAACUUGUUGAAGAAAAUGAAAAAGCUACUUCCAAUGCGAGUAAUUGUACUGGGAUCUUUUCUGUAUUGACUGAUGAUAGAAAUGUUGUUCGAUGGAGGAUUGGUGAAGAUGAGCUAUUGUCCAUCCUAUGUAUAUUGGAUGUAGCUUCUGACCUGCUUUCAGUAGUAAAGUUCCUGCUAUGGUUGUUACGGAAGACUUUUGGCAGACCAAGCAUUGCUGUUCAUGUUGGGAGAAGUAUUAUGUUACCACAAAAUAGAGAAAACCAAGUCUGCCAAGUUGGGGAGGCAUUUCUUUUAUCAUCCCUGCAAAGGUAUGAAAAUAUACUUCUAGUGACAGGUCUUUUACCUGAAGUGCUAACUACUUUAAUGCAACGAACUGUUGCCUUGGUGACGUCCAAUGGAAGGUCUUUUAGAGCAGCAUCUUUUGCUUAUGCUCGAAAUUUACUGAAGAAAUAUAAAGAUGUGGCUAGCGUGACAAAAUGGGAAAAAACUUUUAGAGCUACAUGUGAUCAGAGGCUUUUUGCAGAACUUGAUGCUGGCCGAUCACUUGAUGGUGAUCUAUUGUUUUCUUCUGGAGUCCCUGCAGGUGUUGAAGACAUGGAUGGGCACCUCCGUCAAAAGAUAACUGGGAGAUUGCCAAGGACUAGCCCCAACCUGAAGGAGAUGGUGCAACGACAUGUUGAUGAAGUUGUGCACUGUUUUUAUGGAAAAGAAAGAAAACCUUUUCCAGUCAGUAAUCCUAAAGGUCCAACAUUAGAAAAUUGGGAAGACAGUAACAAAAUAGCGCAAGAUAUUGUUUUAGGUUUAUUAGACUGUAUUAGGCAAAAUGGCGAGGCAACUCUAGAAGGAGAUUCCUCUAUAGUGGCUUCUGCUGUUUCUGCGAUUGUUGGUAAUGUGGGGCCUGUUAUAUCAAAACUGCCAGAUUUUACAAGUGGUAGUUACCAAAGUUUUUCAUCUACAACACAUUCAUUGAAUUGCGUACGACAAAUCUUGCACAUUCACAUAACCUCCCUCUGCUUGCUUAAAGAAGCUCUUGGAGAACGUCUGAGCUGCAUAUUUGAUAUAUCUUUGGCUGCUGAAGCUUCUUCAGCUAUUUCUGGAGUUUUUGCUCCUGGGAAGACUCAUCGAAGUCAGUUUCAAACAUCUCCUGAAACUCAUGAUAUAUAUUCAAGUCAUUCAAAUGAAAACAUGAAGAACUCUGCAAAACUAUUUGUAAGGGCUGCAAAAGCUGCAGCUGCCGUGUCUGCACUUGUUGUGGGGGCCAUUGUUCAUGGUGCUACUAGCCUGGAGAGGAUGGUAACUGCCUUCAAAUUAAAAGAGGGCUUGGAUGUUCUGCAGUUUAUUAAGAGUGCAAGAUCCAGUUCAAAUGGGAUGUCCUGUUCCAUUGGCAGUUUAAAGCUGGAUCAUUGCAUUGAAGUAUAUGUACAUUGGUUUCGGCUCCUUGUUGGGAACUGCCGAACUGUUUCUGAUGGACUAGUUGCAGAAAUCCUCGGUGAAUCAUAUAUAUUAGCUCUUUCAAGGAUGCAGCGCAUGCUUCCACUUAAUUUGGUUUUACCUCCUGCUUACUCGAUCUUUGCAAUGGUCAUUUGGAGGCCAUAUAUUCUCAACAUCAAUAUUGCGACUCGUGAAGACAUCCAACUAUACCAUUAUUUAUCAGUGGCAAUUAGUGAUGCUAUAAGGCAUCAGCCAUUUCGAGAUCUAUGUUUUCGAAAUACUCAUGUACUUUAUGAUCUUGUAGCUACUGAUGUUGGCGAUUCUGAAUUUGCUGCAAUGCUUGAACUGCAUAAUCCGGAUAAACAUUUGAAAACAAUGACAUUUGUUCCUCUUCGGGCAAGGCUGUUUCUAAAUGCUCUCAUUGAUUGCAAAAUGCCAGCAUUUACAAUUAUACAGGGAGAUGGGUCGUGGAUUUCGGGGCCUAAUGAACAAAGAGCCUUUACUGAAAAUGAGGCAAAGCUUCAGGAUCAGCUUGUGCAUGUUUUAGAUAAUUUGCAGGCUGCAAAGUUUCAUUGGCAAUGGGUUGAAUUGAGGCUUCUUUUGAAUGAGCAAGCUCUUAAUGAAAAAAUUGAGACUCAGAACUUGUCCUUGGUAGAGGCAAUUCGAUCCCUAUCUCCUAAUUCUGGAAAUAGCAUACUUUCUGAAAAUGAAAAGAAAUUUACUGAAAUUAUUCUUACAAGGACGCUAGUUAGGCCUGAUGCAGCACCUCUUUACUCAGAACUUGUCCAUCUGCUUGGAAAAUUGCAACAGGAGUCACUUGUGGUGGACAUAAAAUGGCUUUUAGGUGGUCAAGAUGUCCUUCUGGGACGGAAAUCCAUCAGGCAGCAACUUAUACAUGUUGCUCAGCGAAAUGGUCUUUCAACAAAACCCCAGUUCUGGAAACCAUGGGGUUGGUCAUGUUCCAUAACUGAUGAUGUAGCUAACAGAGGUGAUAAGAGAAAGUUGGAAGCCAUUUCUAUUGAAGAAGGGGAACUUGUGGAUGAAUGCGUUGAUGUUAAAAGAUCUGGCAAAAUGAACUUUCACAGUAUUGAUGCUGAAGGCUUCAGUUCUACCCAGCAGUAUAUAACUGAGAAAGCUCUUGCAGAAUUAACACUUCCAUGUAUAGACAGGAGUUCCAGUGAUAUACGGAAUUUAUUUGCAGCUGAGUUGAUAAAGCAGAUGGGUUCUAUUGAUCAACAAAUUAAUGCAAUAACUCGUGGUGGUAAUAAGCAGGCUAGUGCGCUGUCUUCUGGAACUGAAGGUUCAUCAAGCAAAGGUAGCACCUGCAAAGGUAUGCGUGGUGGAAGCCCUGUAUUGGGCAGGCGAUCAACUGGAGUUAGUGAUUCUACGCCAUUGUGUUCCACAGCAUUGAAAGCAUCCUUGUGGUUGCGCUUGCAAUUUCUUUUGAGAUUGCUUCCCAUCAUUUACAGUGAUAGGGAACCAUCUGCACGGAACAUGAGGCAAAUGCUUGCAUCUAUCAUACUUCGAUUACUUGGAACAAGAGUUGUGCAUGAGGAUGCAGACCUAUCCCUUUCUGCCAUGCAUGUAGGUUCUUUACAAAGGGAUGAAGAGUCACUUGUGGAAGCUUCUGUUGCUGCCUCAUUGGAGUAUUCUGGUGAUAGCCUAUUUGAAAGGCUUUUGUGUGUCCUGCACGGUUUGCUCAGCAACUGCAAGCCAAGUUGGCUGAAGCCCAAGCCUACCUCCAAGUCAUCUGUUAAAUCUCCUCGGGAUUUUUCUGCAUUUGAUCGUGAGGCAGCAGAGAGCUUGCAGGCUGACUUGGACCGCAUGGAAUUGCCAGCAGCAGUUCGGCGGCGUAUCCAAGCUGCAAUGCCAAUUCUCCCUCCGUUACUUCCUUUUUCCAGCCCAUUGUCUUCAGUGGCGCAUGCGUCACUUCAGCCCAAUUCAUCCACUCCAGGCACCCACCAAAGAACGCAUCCUACUGCCCGGACUUCUACUAACGUAUCUGGUAGAAACAAGACAGUGCCAUCCCAGGAUCUGGACAUGGAAAUAGACCCAUGGACGCUUCUGGAAGAUGGUACAGGCUCUGCCUCUACCUCAGGUGGUAACAGCAGCAUGGUUGGUGUUGGCGGGGAUCAUUCCAAUCUCAAGGCUUGCAGCUGGCUCAAGGGGGCUGUGAGAGUGAGAAGAUCGGACCUUACAUAUAUUGGAGCCUUGGACGAAGAUAGCUGACCCUUUUUCUUGUACAAUUAUUUGGCGAUGGAAGUCUGGCUGCAAUCUUACAGGCUCAUGUGGUUGGCUUUCAGAUCAAUGACAAAUGGGCUCUGUUCUCUCUUGCCGGCAUAGGCAGAAGAUGUAAUCUUUGGGAGAAUGUUGGAGGGGGUUUUGUAUUGAAAACCACCGGCCAUGCCCUGUGGGCAAUUGGCUUGUCCGACCAGGUAAACUAAAAACUUCAAAGGCCCCCAUUUUGCUGCCACGCCCGCACUGAGGCUGUUGUAUAUAUAAGCAAUAUUUAUUUAUUCUUCAAUCGAUCAUAGUAUAAUGCCGUUGACCAAUGACCUGUAGCUCUUUAUAUCCCAAACUCAAAUCUUUUUUAUCACACUGUACUUCCAAAGAAAAGGUGGCCUGUGCCUUUGUGGGAAGGAUAUAUUGCAUUAUCAUUAAAGGAAGUGGAAAAUUAUUGAUGAAUCAUGGAUUGAUAUAAAUGUGGUGUGCAGAAUGUGUUGCCAUAUUUAUCCUUAAUGCAGAUGUUUUGUGCCUUAGUGGCCUGUUCAA